AUGGGGGACUUGUGGAAUGAAGAAGAGAAGAGAAAGAAGGAGUCCUCUCAGAAUGAAGACGAGUGCGGAAUGAAAGAAUCCACUGGCCUUUAUAAAGAGAGGAGGGCACGAAUCCCUGUGUCCUAUAUAGUGUACAUGGGAAGCCAUUCACAAGCCCUAAAGUAUGAAUUGGUGGAUUCGAAACAAGUUGUAGAAUCUCAUUACAAUUUUUUGGGAUCAUUCUUAGGAAGUUAUGAACGUGCUAAAGAUGCUAUCCUUUAUUCAUACACAUGGCACAUUAAUGGCUUUGCAUCAAUGCUUGACGAGGAAGUAGCAGUAGAGAUAGCUAAGCAUCCAAAAGUUGUUUCAAUUUUCCCGAGCAAUAUAAGAAAAUUGCAAACAACUAGGGCAUGGGAAUUUUUGGGAAUGGACUAUUAUUCUAGCGGUAUUGUAGUUCCCUCACCUUCCAUUUGGUUGAAGGCAAAUUACGGUAACAACUCAAUCAUUGGAAAUCUUGAUACUGGUGUUUGGCCUGAAUCAAAAAGCUUUAGUGACGAGGGCAUGGGAACCAUUCCGAGUAGGUGGAAAGGAAUUUGUCAAAACGAAAAUGAUACUACAUUUCAUUGCAACAGAAAACUUAUUGGAGCAAGAUUCUUCAACAAAGGAUACUUGGCAGCGGCAGCCCAGUACAACUUAUCCUUGGAUUGGGAGUCUUGGGACCUUCAUACCCCUCGUGACAAUCUUGGCCAUGGAUCGCACACCUUGUCUACAGCAGGGGGCAAUUUUGUGGAAGGGGCGAACUUGUAUGGGCUUGGCAACGGGACAGCCAGAGGCGGGUCGCCCAGAGCCUAUGUAGCUUCCUACAAAGUGUGUUGGUAUUAUUGGUGCACAGAUGCUGACAUACUGGCAGCGUUCGACACUGCCAUUCAUGACGGCGUUGACGUAUUAUCGGUGUCGCUCGGAGCAGCUCCCACGCCCUUCGUCAAUGACAGCAUUUCUAUUGGGUCCUUACAUGCAGUGAGUGCGGGAGUUGUAGUGGUUUGCUCAGCUGGCAACCGCGGGCCUAAUGCUGGCAGCGUCAUAAAUGUGGCUCCUUGGAUGGUCACUGUUGGAGCCACCACCAUGGACCGUCGCUUCCCAGCUUCUGUUGUCCUCGCUAAUGAAACUGAUAUCGUUUUCCAGGGAGAGAGUCUUUCAGAGAAAACUAUGCCAAACAAGUUCUUUCCACUGCUAAGUGCUGCUGAUGCCAAGACUGCUUACGCAUCAACUAAUGAGGCGGCAAGAUGUAUGGGCGGGACGCUAGAUCCAAUUAAGGUGAAUGGAAGCAUUAUUGUUUGUCUCCAGGGUAAUAUUGCUUAUGCCGAGCAAGGUUAUCAUGUUGCUAUGGCCGGUGGUGUGGGGAUGAUUAUAGCCAAUGCUAAUCCAUCUAAUGAUGAAAUUAUUGCUGUCCCACAUGUCCUCCCUACAACUCACGUUAAUUACAUCGACGGUGUUGCUAUCUUCAAUUACAUCAAUUUAACCAAAUCUCCUAUGGCCUAUAUUUCACCUCCAAGAACACAAUUAGGUACAAGGCCGGCCCCCGUCAUGGCAAGUUUUUCAUCUAGGGGUCCUAAUACGAUUGUGCCAACAAUUCUUAAGCCUGACGUGACUGCACCAGGACUAACUGUCCUAGCUGCUUAUGCUGAAGUAGAAGGACCAGCACAAAUGGAAUUUGAUAAUCGUCGAGUCCCUUUCAAUUUUUUAUCAGGGACUUCAACGUCAUGCCCUAAUGUUGCUGGCAUUGCUGGACUUCUUAAAACUCGUUAUCCAAGUUGGAGUCCUGCAGCAAUUAAAUCAGCAAUAAUGACUAGUGCGACCAUAUGGGAUAAUAAUAUGGAGCCAAUUCUCGAUGUAUCCAACUCAAAGGCAACACCAUUUGAUUAUGGAGCAGGAAAUGUGAAACCAAACCAUGCUAUAGAUCCUGGUUUGAUUUAUGACUUAACUAUUGAUGAUUAUUUGAAAUUUUUGUGUGCUACCAAUAGUAACCAACACUUCAUUAGAUUGUUCUCACAAAGUAGCUUCUAUGUGUGUCCUAAAUCCUUUAAUCUCCUAGAUUUCAACUAUCCAUCAUUUGUAGUACCUAAACUUGAUGGUUUAAUCACCAUUGCUCGAACAGUUACAAAUGUUGGUCGCCCUAGUACUUACAUAUCAUUUGUCAAAUGCCCAAGUGGAGUUACAAUUAAUGUGUCCCCACUAGUUUUGAAGUUUAAGAAAAUUGGUGAAAAGAAAACUUUUACUAUCACAAUAAAGGUUGAGAGAGGCAACUUUUCUAUGAAUUAUUCAUUCGGACUCUUAACAUGGCGGGAUGGAAAGCACAUGGUACAAAGUACUAUAGCUAUGUCCGCAAUCUAG